UGUUGACGUCAUUGACAGCUGACAUUUGACAGCAAUAGUACUUGUAGAAAUAUAUUUUGUAUUUUCAUUUUGUCAAUUUUUAUUUUAUGUUUGUGGCAUUGUGCGAGUGAGUGUGUCAGUUUAAUUACUUUCCGAAACCGGCUUUAAUAAUUUCACUUUAGAAACAUGGCCCCAGCAGCAACAGCAGUUAACCCUUCUCUGGCUAAUGAUCCUAUCGGCAUAAGAGCUGUGUUGUUAGGACCGCCAGGCUCUGGGAAGGGCACACAAGCACCACGUCUUAAAGAAAAGUUUUGUGUAUGCCACCUAUCUACCGGGGACAUGUUGAGAGCCGAGGUAGCAUCCGGAUCAGAGCUUGGUCGUCGAGUGAAGAAGGUCAUGGAUGAGGGGAAACUGGUCUCUGAUGACAUGGUCGUUGAUAUGAUUGACAAGAACUUGGACCAACCUGAGUGUAAAAAUGGUUUCCUACUUGAUGGAUUCCCCAGGACAGUGCCACAGGCUGAAAAGCUGGAUGACUUGCUUGCGAAGAGGAAAACUGCCCUUGACGCUGUCAUUGAAUUCAACAUCGAGGACAGUUUGCUAGUGAGAAGGAUUACCGGAAGACUGAUCCAUCCUUCCAGUGGACGGAGUUACCAUGAGGAGUUCCACCCUCCAAUCAAGCCAAUGACUGACGAUGUGACUGGAGAACCACUGAUAAAGAGGUCAGAUGACAAUGUCGAUGCUCUGAAGAAACGCCUUGCCACAUAUCAUAACCAGACAGUGCCGCUUGUUGAUUAUUACAUGAGGAAAGGCUUGCACUACCGCGUCGAUGCAGCCAAGCAAGCUGAUGCUGUCUUCACCAGGAUUGAUACUAUCUUCAAAAACAGGAUCUUUGCCAGAGAAAGGUCAGCAUUAUAAACUUUGAAUAUAUGAAUACUGGAAGGUACUAUUAGAUGUAUAUGCACUUUGAAUAUUAAGUAACAUUUUUAGCUCAGUCUUCAAAUUGUUAACAGAUUGUUUUUUGUUUUAAGUCAACACAUUGUUUUAAGUCACAUUAUCUGUGAGCUGUAUUUUGAUAUGCCAUAUAGGAACCCAAUAACCUUUCGACAGAUUGUUACCUUUAAAUUUACGUAUUUCAUUCAUUAUAUUUCAUAGGAUUUAUUAUACCUAUUGCAAAAGUGAGCUACACUUAGCUGUGUGGAAGGGAGAUUGAAGAAUAUGAGUAUAACUGAGAAUGUUAGUCCUUUCAGUAAACUCACACAAGAACUUUGUUUUUUAAGUGCACAUGUUAGACUUGCCGCCACAAUAACAUUACCGACACAACAUUGCUAUAUGAACUUUAUGGAUAAUACCAAAGGCUAGCCAACAAUUAAAACCAUUUUAAAAUAAUUUUUGAUAAUUAGACUUUUUUUGUCUACAGAAUGCCAAAAUAUGUCAAUUAAAAUUUAUGGUGGUAUAUAUUGAAAUAGUUUUCAGUAUUCAAGUGUAAGCGUAAGUGAUUGUACAAAACUACAAAGGUUACAUCUUUUUUAUGUGAUUUGAUUACUGUCUUUAUACAUUUUACUAUAUUGUAUGUUAUUUUGGGAAUACAUGUAGCUGUAAUAGUUGGUCUAUUUUCGAGAUUCAUUUUUUUGGAUGAAUACAGCAAUACUAACCAUGAA